AGCUUUUGAAUACAAUUAGAAAAAAAAGAUUAAAUCAUUUCGUUCCAUGCGGCAGCCAUGUUACUAUGAAGGAAUUAGGACAAAAGGCUGUGUGUGUUUGGAAGUUCCACUGAUUUAUCUUGUUUGUAAGUGUCUAUAAGCUAUUUGAUCCAGAUUUCAGGUGAACUCGCCCUGAGGGGUGGGGAAGAAAGUCAUGGCUUCAUUAUUAUGUGUUAAACAACCAGGGGGGAAGGUUAGCGUUCAUUCGUCGGAUGUAGUGGACGAGCUGAUGAUUGAUAGUAAAGAUCAUAUCAGAACAAUGAAAAUGAAUAAAAGUGAUGUGUAUAGAAAACGAACAAGAAGACCAAUGUCAACAUCAGUUAUCCAGUCUAAAGUAGAUUCCAAAAGUCUGAUAGGGCAGACUCUUCGUGUUCAGGAUUGGUUGAAUGAGAAGACAGUAAAAGGAUUGCAGUUUGAUAUACCUCAGGCCUGGGUAGAAAAACAGAUUGUCAACUCAACAUACCUAAAGGAGAGAUCUGAUGUGGAGACUAAAGAAGCCCGUGAAUUAUACAACCCCCUACUGGAGGUGGAGAACACUUUUGUCAGGGACAUGGAGAAUGUAGUGAGUUCCAAGGAAGUCCUGGAUCUACGAAAGAAGGAGAUGUUACACAAGAAGUGGAACGAUCGUGUGUAUGAACCUCUCCGGGAGAAAAUCAUCGACGUGAUGGACGGAGAGGAUUGGCCUGAACUCGAUCGUCGGAAACGAGAGCUGCAUAAACAGUACUUGGAGUUUGUUAAUGAAAAGGGUCAUGUAUUUUUAGACACCAUGGAUCCCUCCGAGUAUUAUGCCCAGGCAUUAAACGGACAUAGACCAGCUCCUAUCAAGGUGUACUUUUCUGAGAAAAAGCAUUCUUGUCUCAAAUGGAGCAAGCACAUGGCUGCUGCCAAGCGACGGUUUGACCAUCAACACUACAAGAUUGCCACAAAGGCGUUCCGGGACCCACUGUUAUCUCAGGGUCGUGAGCGCAGCGCCGAGGAGAGGACAAUUCUAAGAUGUCUGACGGGAAAUGAUUACACCGAUAAAGAUAUCGAGCAGGUCAAGUUGCCUCCCUUGCCCCUGGUUCCACUUGGGCGUCAUGGCACAGACAGCGUUAGGUGGCUAGAAAUGCCCCUCCACAACAUUGAGAGCACCCCUCGCAUGGCCAGCAGGCGAAGAAUGCACGGUACAUUCAAUCAAAGUCAGUUAGACUUUGAGCAGUGGUCCAAGGCUCAGCGAGACCGAGCCCAGGUUGAGAUCGAGAUGCAGACUCAGAAGAAGCGCAUGUACAAAGAAGUCCCCCCAUUUAAAAUCCCCCCUCGUGAGAUCCCCUUCUCAUAUCUCGAGCCCAAAAAUGUUGGUAUUCAGACCAUCCCAGAAGAACUCGAGCAACUGACUCUCAAAAACUGGGUGCCUUCUAAUGAAUCGGCUUCCAUACCAGUUAUGGCAUCUUAAUGUCCAUCUAAGAUAGAGGACAGUAGUUUUUUAUUGUGACAAUAUUUUUCAAAUUUUUUCAUGCAUUUAAUAUUUUUACCAUAGAAGUGCUAUAUAUGAUUAUUAUAUUUUAAAAGGAGGGUUGAUAGAUGUAUUAAAACAAAGAGAUAGGGGGUUGUCUUCUAUAAUCUAUAAUGCCUGCAUGAAGUGUAAUAUUUUCUUGUGACAUGCUGCUGAUAUAUAUAUCUGUGAUAUGGCAUAUAUUUAGAUGCCUUAGAUUUUUUUAAAAAUCAUAAAAAAUUUGGUGUUUUUGAGUGUUAGAACACCAGCAUCAUUUUUUCAUCUUUUUUUUCUUAAUACAAAUUUACAGAUUUAUAAUUACAAUUACCAAACAGUCAUAUUUGUUGUUAAAAAAAUGACCUAGAAGAAUUUGAAGUGCCUAUCUUUGUAUUACUUUCAAUUGUUUAUUUUUGUAAAAAGUUCUUAAACUUGCACCAGACAAAACUAAAAUUCUAGUGGAUUUCAAACUUUUUAUCUCAAUUUUGAUAUCUCGUCUAUUUGUAUAUCUAUUUUAGCAAAGUAUUUUUUCUACUUUUUUUCCCAUUUUUAUUGGUGUGAAUUUUAGACAUGUUGUGUUUCUCUUUAAAAAAAAACCAUGUACCUCUUGUUUUGAUCAAAAAUAUUUCUCAUGAUUCCUAAUUCAUGACAUAACAGGGUUUGUUUUAUAUGUUGAGCUUCAUGGUUUGACACAGUGUACAUUUGCUCAUUGUUUGCUGUUUUGUGGUGGUGCUAGCAGCUACCUACUAGUCAUAUAUAUGUUAUAUAGUAUACAGAGUUGUCUCCACUUAGUAUGUGUAAGUUUUGAUCACUCCUGUAUGAAUUUAAUAAAGAAAACAUUAUGAAAUGAAACACAUUAGAAAAUUAUUUGUAGAUACUUUAAAAAUUGCACUUUUUGAUAUGAUUAUCUUAUACUUCACAUAGAAAUUAAACAACAAUUCUGAAAUGAAA